ACCAAUCAUGAUGAGCCGUCAGUGUCUCCGGUUGUCGGUAAUGACUGCUGCGAGCUUUUGUACAAGGGAAGCUUAAACAUACAACGAAGACUAAAAUUGUUCGUCACCAUAAGGAAGGUAGAUAAUCAAACCACAAAGACAAACGGGAUCUACGAUACAGAGUUACCUAUGUUUAAGUAAAGAAAGGACAGCGUUCAUUGAUGUCAACUAUUCCUUCAUCACUUCUCCCACCAUCCUCCAAUUCUUCCAACUUUCCGGACAAAUUAUCUCCUCCUUUCUCAGCAUGGCAGCUGUGUUUCUACUCUGGCGGUGUCACUGAACUUCAUCUUUGCCUACCACCAUGGAGAGAAAACGCAGAAAGAAAUUAUUCUAGCCGCUCAGAACAUUUUCAUUAUGGACUCACUUUUGGAGCUCUGGUCCUGAGAUGCUAUUUCAUUGCCCUGACACAGGUUUUAGCUGCUCAAAACUGAAAACUGCAGCAGAGUUUCAUAGAGAUACACAAAAGACAUGAUUUGCGCAGUUUCACAACGCAAAAUGCUCCUACUACCAGUGUGGAUAUCCAUGCUUAUGGGACUGCUUGCAGGCAUCCUGCCUGUGGUGGGGGUGGAGCCAUCGCCAGAGGGAAAAUCUGGCCCUGGUCAAAGCCCUAACUUGGAGUCUCCCAACUCUAACUGUUCCCAUUUCACUCUCAAACUAGAAUUCUCCUCCAAGGUGGUGGAGCAUGAGUACAUUGUGGCAUUCACGGGGUAUUUCUCAGCCAAAGCACGCAGCCUGUACAUAAGCAGCGCCCUACGGAACGCAAAGGACGGAGCAUUGGAGUGGCACAUUGUUCCCAGGGAGAACCCAGCUUCUGACUUCCCCAGCGACUUUGAUCUGGUCCACAUCCGACAAGCUUCACCAAGCAGUCUGCUGACCUUAGAAGACCACCCUUACAUCAAAAGGGUCACGCCACAACACAAAGUGUUCCGUUCGCUCAAGUACAUUCCUUCAUCAGAAACCGCUGCGCCCUGUAACACUAGCGACAGGAUGCAAAAAUGGCAGUCAUGGCAAUCGUCCCGGCCUUUUCGAAGGACAAGUCUGUCACUGGCCUCAGGUUUUUGGCAUUCAACUGGCCGCCACUCCAGUCGGCGCCUCCUGCGAGCCAUCCCCCGCCAUGUAGCCCAGAUCCUGCAAGCAGAUGUACUCUGGCAGAUGGGACACACUGGUUCUGGUGUGAAAGUGGCAGUGUUUGACACUGGUCUGAGUGAGAAACACCCACAUUUUAAGAAUGUGAAGGAAAGGACCAACUGGACCAAUGAGAAGACACUGGAUGAUGGCUUGGGUCAUGGCACAUUUGUAGCUGGAGUGAUAGCAAGUAUGAGAGAGUGUCAGGGCUUUGCUCCUGACUCAGAGCUGCACAUCUUCAGAGUGUUCACAAACAACCAGGUGUCAUACACAUCAUGGUUCCUGGAUGCUUUCAACUAUGCCAUCCUGAAAAAGAUUGAUGUUCUCAAUCUCAGCAUUGGAGGCCCCGAUUUCAUGGAUCACCCUUUUGUUGAUAAGGUAUGGGAGCUCACUGCCAAUAGAGUGAUAAUGGUCUCAGCAAUUGGCAACGAUGGACCACUGUAUGGAACGCUCAACAACCCGGCAGACCAGAUGGAUGUCAUUGGAGUGGGAGGCAUAGACUUUGAAGACAAUAUUGCAAGGUUUUCUUCCAGAGGCAUGACUACCUGGGAGCUGCCUGGGGGCUACGGCAGAGUGAAGCCCGAUAUUGUCACCUAUGGUUCUGGUGUUCGGGGGUCAGGGAUGAAGGAAGGAUGCCGAUCUCUGUCUGGCACCAGUGUUGCCUCUCCCGUGGUGGCUGGAGCCGUUACACUUUUGGCUAGCACUGUGCUGAAUCGAGAGUUAGUGAACCCAGCCUCCAUGAAACAGGCUCUGAUCGCCUCAGCCCGCAGGCUGCCAGGAGUCAACAUGUUCGAACAGGGUCAUGGAAAAUUGGACCUGAUCAGAGCUUACCAGAUCCUCAACAGCUACAGACCUCAGGCCAGUCUUUCUCCCAGCUACAUUGACCUGACUGAGUGUCCAUACAUGUGGCCUUAUUGCUCUCAGCCCAUCUACUAUGGAGGAAUGCCCACCAUUGUGAAUGUCACAAUUCUUAAUGGGAUGGGUGUCACUGGCAGGAUUCUAGACAAGCCUGUUUGGCAGCCCUACCUUCCUCAGAAUGGGGACCAUAUUGAUGUGGCCGUCUCAUAUUCGCCAGUGUUGUGGCCAUGGGCCGGCUACCUGGCUGUCUCCAUAUCUGUUGCCAAGAAAGCUGCAUCCUGGGAAGGGAUUGCCCAAGGCCAUGUUAUGGUGACAGUGGCAUCCCCUGCAGAGAAUGAUUCCGAGGCGGAAGGGGAACUGACCUCCACAGUGAAACUGCCCAUUAAGGUGAAGAUCAUCCCGACUCCUCCACGCAGUAAAAGGGUGUUGUGGGACCAGUACCACAACCUCCGGUACCCACCUGGCUACUUUCCACGAGAUAAUCUCCGCAUGAAAAAUGACCCGCUUGACUGGAAUGGUGACCACAUCCACACGAACUUUCGUGACAUGUACCAGCACCUGAGAAGCAUGGGGUACUUUGUUGAAGUGUUGGGCUCCCCCAUCACCUGCUUUGAUGCCAGCCAAUAUGGCACUUUGCUGAUGGUGGACAGCGAGGAGGAGUAUUUCCCUGAAGAGAUCACCAAGCUCAGGAGGGACAUUGACAAUGGGCUUUCCCUUAUCAUUUUCAGCGACUGGUACAACACAUCCGUCAUGAGGAAGGUCAAAUUCUAUGACGAAAACACCAGGCAAUGGUGGAUGCCAGACACAGGGGGUGCGAAUGUGCCGGCGCUGAAUAACCUGAUUUCAGUGUGGGGGAUGGCUUUUAGUGAUGGGCUGUAUGAGGGCGACUUCACUCUGGCAGAUCAUGACAUGUACUAUGCCUCAGGCUGCAGCAUAGCUCGUUUCCCAGAAGAUGGAAUAGUAAUUGCCAAGAACCUAAAGGACCAAGGUCUAGAGGUGUUAAAGCAGGAGACUGCAAUGGUGGAAAACGUUCCCAUCCUCGGACUGUACCAAACACCAUCUGAUGGAGGGGGGCGUAUUGCUCUGUACGGUGAUUCAAACUGUAUAGAUGACAGCCACAGACAAAAAGACUGUUUCUGGCUAUUAGACGCUUUACUUCAGUACACAUCCUACAGUAUGACACCUCCCAGCCUAAGCCACUCCCACAGUAGGACGGCACCUCCCACAGGGACUGACCGCCCGAUGCCACAGAGAUUAGAGGGAAAUCAUCUUUAUCGCUAUUCAAAAGUUCUAGAGGCUCAUCUUGGAGACCCAAAGCCCCGCCCCCUACCAGCCUGUCCACAUCUCUCCUGGGCUAAACCACAGCCCGUCAAUGAGACAGCGCCCAGUAACCUAUGGAAGCACCAGAAGCUUCUUUCUGUGGAUCUAGACAAAGUGGUGCUGCCAAAUGUGAGGCCAUACCGUCCACAGGUUCGACCUCUAUCCCCUGGGGAGAGUGGGGCUUGGGACAUCCCUGGAGGAAUAAUGCCUGGUCGUUACAAUCAAGAAGUGGGCCAGACCAUCCCAGUGUUUGCUUUCUUGGGAGCGAUGGUCGUCCUGUCCUUUUUCGUGGUCCAGCUCACAAAGGCCAAGAGCAAACCCAAGCGCAGGAAACCCCGCAUCAAACGCCCCACAUACUUGCAGCAGACAACAAGUGGGAAAAACCCCACGGUUUGACCACAUUGGACAUGUGGUUGAACAACUGGGUGCGCCUCCGUAAUAAGCACAUUUCUAAAGGAACAAUAACCUUGGAUGCGUGGAGCGUAACAGGAGUCCAGUUGUGUCUUGAGGAAGCCUCGACUAUAAUUUGCAUAUCACAAGUGUCUUGAAUGUGACAACCAGUUUUUGUGCCAGUUGUCCUUCCAAGCUGUCUGUGUACAUUUGUGUUGUCAUGAACUGCCUUGCAACACACAUACAACUGGGUUCACUUCUGGACAGCCGUUUUAACCUUUUCCUCUCUGCUCAAGAUUAUUUGACCAAAUUUGUUUGACUUUUUAUAUUUAUUAAGUUUGUUUAUAUCUGAACGCAGUCGUACACAUGUACACAAACUGUCCCCCCCCAAAAUACGCAUACACAAAAGAAACACUACAUGGAUACAUAAUUGCCAUAUUGCAACCAUUCAAAAGUUGUGCUUUACUCCUGUUUUUUUUUCCUAGUUUAAAAUUUUGUACAAUCAUCUCUCUUUGGAUAUUCGAUUGAUCUCCUCAAAAAGCAACAGGAAGAGACUUGUUCAAAUAUCCUUUAUCAAUAAAUGAAAAUGAAGCAUCUUGAAA